AGAAUGGAUAACUCAACGGAGCAAGCUGAGCCACCAGCCGUUUCAAGGCGUUAUACCGUGGAGCGCUCUUGUCUUCGGUGUCAUAAGCGCAAGGUACGUUGCAAUCGGGCCAUGCCCUGUUCGACAUGUCUCCAAGCCAAGACCCUGUGUCGAUACCCUGGCCCCGAGCGGACAAAGCGCCGGUCACACAGACCAAAGGUCAUUCCUCGUCUGGAGGAAUUGGAGCGUGUUAAGUCCCUGACAAAGAAAAAUCCAACCAGGCCGGCUGCACCAACUGAAGGUGUUCUGGUGAAAGAAGGAGCUUCCACUCGGUAUAUCAAUGAAGUGCUGCUCUCGCGCGUCUUGGUGGAGGAACGCGACCUUCAACUCGCCAUGAGCAAUCCCACGACUACGAACCGGAGCCAACGGAGUAGAUGCUCAUCUUUAAGUGGAUUUAAUGGUCUUAUUUCAAACCCCCUUUUGUCAGUCGACAUUACCUCUCUGUACCCGCCUCGAGGGCAGGCAGGCCAACUAUGGCAGGUCUACCUGAAUAAUGUAGAUGUGCUUCUGAAGUUGCUUCACAUCCCGACCACGCAACCCGCUGUAUUUGCUGCCAUCAACAAUCCAAGCCAGGUCCCUCCCGACCUGAGCGCCCUGCUCUUCUCUAUCUACUUCGCGGCCUUGACCAGCCUUCGCCUAGGUGACACUCACAUCAUGUCAGAUGAAGAACGGCAACGUGCACUCCAGGGAUUCCAACGCGGUUUAGAGGUCUCGCUGCACAUGGCAUCAUUCUUAGAUUCGCCAACUAUCACUUAUUUACAAGCCAUGUCAAUAUACCUGCUGUGCUAUCGAAAUCACAAUGGUAGUCGAUCCGGCUGGACCUUGAACGGCAUGCUCAUCCGAACGGCCCAGUGGAUGGGUCUGCAUCGCGAUGGUGAGACUUUCGGUCUCUCUCCGUUGGAUUGCGAGGUCCGUCGCCGAUUAUGGUACCAGGUUAUCGGUUCGGAUGCCCGAGUAGCUGAGGACCAUGGCCUUUCUACCAGUGGGUUUGGAGGUUUUUGUGACACCAAGCUGCCCCUCAAUGUAGAUGACCGCGACCUUUCUCCUGAAAUGGAGACAGCUCCAGCUUCAAAACUGCGAUGGACUGAAAUGACCAUAUUUUUGGUAACUGCCGAGAUGAAUCAAGCCCUGCAACAAGUAUCUCGACUUUCUGUUACCGUUAGAAAUGGGAACGAAAAAAUGUUAAGCUUGGAGCAGCUCCUGGAGAGUAUCAAAUCGCGCAUAAACGACAAGUACCUGAGGCAUUGCGAUCCGAAUAUCCCCAUCCAGAAAUCAGCCCUGCUCUUGGGACGCGUGCUGAUGGGCAAACUUGAAGUCUUAGUUCGCCAGCAAUACCUCAGAGGGCUCAGCGCAGAAGAGUCCGCUGCCCGCGCCACAGAAAACACGUUGUCGUUGGCGUGUGACACCAUUGAGAUCGGGAACGAGCUGAAAACCAAUGAGCUUCUGAGCAACUUUCACUGGCUCUUCUCGACCUACACGCAGUAUCACCUCUUGAAAUAUGCUCUUUGGCAUCUAUGUGUCCGACCCGGCGAUCAUGGCGCUGAUCGUGCCUGGGAAGUGGUUGAUACGUCGUUCAGUUUAGUUGAAAACCCCAGCUGGCCAAGUCCGGGACUUAAAUGGAAUGUUUUAAGAAAGCUUCGAGAAAAAGCAUUGGAUAUUUGGUAUGCUUUUGCGCAACCCCCAAAUGUUCGCUCUGAUUCAACUGCCCCCGAUACUACGGGAGUGUUGCUCGAUGACAGCAGUAUUCUAACACUCGGAGAUGGAAUGGCUUGGGAUCUGGAUUCGACCUGUUUUCCGAAUUUAGGCCCAUCAGACUUUUGGUAUACAGGAUAA